AUGACACCACCAACAAUACAAGAAGUCAACGAUGGUUCAGGUGUGGAUACAGAUUUCCUAUCACCAGGGGACAUGGCAGCCAACUGGGCUGUGGAAGAUGAAGAGUCAGAUUCCAUCAGCUGUGACGUCGCUAUAGGACACACCCCAGGAGAUGACGAUGUCCGUCGGUUUGCUAGAACUAACCAUGGAGUACGAUAUAUCAGGUGGAAUCUGACUGAUCUUGUGAUCUCAUCCAGUGUGAAGGUGUACACGACAGUACGUUGCUAUAACAAGGUCGGGCAGGUCUCCGAGUCUUCAUCUGAUGGCGUAGUUCUCGUGUCCGGUGAGGACAUGGCAUCUGUUGCUGGCUUCAAGGUUCUGGAGGAGAGCCCCUCCGUGUUCUCAGACAGACACCAGUGUCACGUAGCCCGAGACACUGUGAGACUUCAGUGGGAGGGAGGAGAAACCGAGACCCCUCACACCACCCUGGUUCGCAUCGAGGGUAGCAGUUUGCUGUACCAGCAGAGCGUCCCCAGUAUAUUCACAUACACAUCCGCCCAGCUGUGUGGCCUGAAGCUCAGCGACCUGACAACCUACAACAUCAGCGCCAUGCACGUGCUGGACAAGGCUGGGAACCCGACAGAAACAUCCAUCACCAUGCAUGGACCUCAACCAAGUCUGAACACAGCUGCGAUGAUUUCGUCCAGGACGUCCGACAGGGUGACGACUCUGUCCUGGCCGGGCCUGUUUACCUCCCCCUUGGGCCAGCUGGUGUAUGAGGUGAUGGUGGGCAGGGUAGAGGGUGGGGCAGAUAUAGUGGACGGGCUGCUGACCCGUCAGGAACAGAUGGUCCUCAACCUGUCCUCGCACCCUCAAACUGUCACUGACGUUUAUGUCUCUGUAACAGCCAUUGAUGCGUGUGGAUACACUGCUUACUACUCACAGACUGUGGAUGUUGGCUCGUGAUUCCAGAUGAUUCGGGGGCGUGUAAA